GGGGAGCUCAGCAUCUAGCUCCUUCCUGUUUACGAAUCGUCUCAGCAUCCCUUUGUUGAUUCUCGGCACGAGAAGUACUUGAGCCUGGGCAGUGCCGAACCCUGGUGGCGUCGAGACCAAGACCCUCGAUUUACAAAUCUAUCCGUCGGGGCACGGAGGGGUCUCCGCGUCUUUGUUUCUGGCCCUUUUUGAUUGAGCGCCAUAGUCCACUUCUGAUCUCUUCAUGCUUACUCGCUUGCUCCAACAUUCACGCUGGAAGUGAUGUCGCCGCCUGUACUGGGAGUCGCGCGUCCGCUUGCGCCUCAGCCUGUCAGGUCUGCUGACGCUGCCGUCCUGCAACCUCUGCAAAACACUUAUCCACUCAAGUCUACGAGAUCGAGGCGUGGCACCAUCAACGCUGCGUGCCAUGAGUGUCGCAUCAAGAAAUUAAAGUGCGAUGGCACCCGCCCAAGAUGUCGACGUUGUCAAGACAAGGGUCACGACGUCUGCGAGUAUACCGUAAAUCCUGGAGAGACUCGGUUUACUGCUCUGAAAAGAAAGAAUGCCACUCUGGUUACGGAGUCCGAUCGCAUGCACAAAUUCAUCGAGGCACUGCGUUCCGCCUCCCCGGCUCAAGCCCAGAACAUGCUCCAGGAUCUCCGGACUUGCGAUGGCGCCAAAGACCUUCUGUCUACACUGACCCUGUCCCAAUCUCAGCCUCAUGAGUUGCGUCACCGAGAUUCCGACUCAUCUGUUUCUUCCAACAAUCCAUCUCCUCCUUCCAUGACCACCGAUACAAUUCUGACACCUCAAACCUCUCGAUCACGGAGUGCAAAUUCGGAUGGGAAACUGAACCCCUUGCUUUCUCAGCUCUCCUCAAACGGUUUCGAGAACGAAUCUCCUUCAUCAACCGAAGCAACUUACCAGCCGUUCUCCGACUUCGAAAGACAGUUACCAAGCCGAGGCACUCUACAGGAAUGUAUCAAUUCCUUCCACAAAGAAGCUGGCAAGUUGUUCCAUGUCUUCUCGCUCAACCAUAUCGAAUCGCAAUUCUCCGUCAUGUAUGGUCAAGGAGAUAAGCAAGCACAGCGUGUGGCUGCUUGCGAGCUCUCUGCUGUGGGCGCACUCGGCUCGCAAUACAUCAGGGAGUCUCAGCCUGAAGGUACAGCACAAAAGAUGUACAGCGUAGCGAAGCAUCUUCUUGAAGAUGUCGUCAGUGUAGAUGCCACUAGGGCCGCUAAAGUAUGUGCGAUGCUUGGAUUGUUCAAUAUCAUGAGUAAAGAGAAAGUCGCCAUGACUUUUGUGGAAAUGGGGUUGAAUCUUCUAUCACGACCACAAAUCGCACAAACUUGCCCUCCCAAUAUGGAACGGAGCGAAUGGACGGAGCUUCGAAAAACAUGGCGAGUUUUGAUUUUCCUCGAAACCUGGCUAUCCUCCACUCUCGGCUAUGUCUCAGGAUUACAAAUUUCGAAAGAGCUUCUGAAUGUGAAAAAUCUUGAGAUUGAAGGCGAGUCUGAUCUCGAGGAAAAGGUGACAACCGAGAUGAUCAAAAUCGCGGUGAUUAAGUUCGAUAUGCUACGACUCAGCUUGUCUUUCAAGGGCCUUAGCGCACUGAUGGUCGGAACAAUCACCAAGGACUUGCAAUACUGGCACCAAAAUCUACCGAGUGAGAUGCGUCUCUCCGAACUCGACAACAAUCCCAAGAUAUCAGACGAACUACGGAGAACCAUCUACUACGUCAAUUUCCUCUACUCUGGAGCUCAGAUCAUGCUCUUACGUCGAGUACUCCAGAGUCUGCACGAACGAAGCAAUUUGCUCACUGGCAGCGAGACUGCAGUUGAGGAAUUGAUUUCGCAGGCAAAGGCCGCUGCCAGAGAGUCCGCUAAACUGUUCGGCCGCCUUUAUGUCGAGGGUGGCGUUAUCCAGAGAUGCUGGAUCUGCAUAUUCCAAUCAUAUUCUAGCUGUGUGCUCAUCCUUCACCAUGUAGCGGAGGUGGUACUUUACGAGCAACACUCACGAGAACAAGGGGCAGAUCCGCAAGCUGAUUUGGACCUUACACUUUCUUGCCUUCAAAUUCUCAACAUCUGUCGCGAAAAAGACAUAGCCGCCGGACAAUUCUACAGCACACUGAUGCCUCUUUACGAGACCCUCACCGCAACGGUAAUCGGUCAACCCGUAAGCCAGUCUGCUGUUUACGACGCAGCGCGUACUUUGCACGACUUGAUCAGGAAACCUUUCAAGGACUCUGGCAAAGACAGCCCACAAUCUCAGUUCUUCUGGAAGGACGAGCAACAGCGUCACAGCCAAGACCCAAUGAACAAUGAUCCGUUCUCUUCCAGCGACAUCGCGAACGCUCCUGAUCCGUCUUUGUCCUGCGACAGCUGGCAAUGCAUCGAUGGCAUUAAAAACGACGGCAUGAUCCAUGACCUGCUGAGUGCCAUUCGACCCGGUCACUUCCUCCCUGGCUUUGAAUCUAGUGCCUGGGGCGACAGCAACCAGGUGUUUUGAAUCAGUCCAUGGGCUAGACCAAGGGAUAACGCUUACGUUAUCUAGUCACUCUUGUGUUAUUUUCCACACCUCAUACGCUUGAACUGCCAGAAUUUCUUUUAACAUGGUUCUCUGCGGCGCUGAUUGGUUUAUCGUAGGAGUUCGGUGUUAGAGCCUGUGGGGGGUAAGAUUCCAUUUAGCGAAGGUCUAUGUCAUUUGUAUCGAAGGAUUGAUGGUCAUGUAGAUUGGUAUAUACAGUCUCCUGCUACAAUGUCAACAAUAUCAUGAAAUGUUCCUUAU